AUGUUCGCUCUUCGUGGCAUCCGUCGCUUCUCCACGGCGGCGCCGCGCAAGGAAUACCCCACGUCCUUCAUCUCGCACCUGCGCACGCAGAAGCUUAACGUGUUUAACAUCGGCAUUGCGUUCCUGACGCUGUCACUUUCGUCGCAGAUGGUGUCGUACAAGCAGCGAUUCGAGACUGCAGUAAGCGAAAAGGAGAAACUCAACGAGAAGGUGGAGGUGUUGGAGAAGCUCGUACUGGAUCUGGGCGGCAAGCUGCCGGAUGAGGAGGCGCUGGCCAAGGCAAAGGAGGCCGCUCAGGAGGCAGAGGCCAAGGCACUGCGCGACCGCGAGGAGGAGGCUAAGGCCCUGGCGGCCCUGACUGCAGACGAGAAGAAGAGCAAGAAGAGCAAGCUUAUUUAG